CACGUCCCCCCUCUUCCCUUUGCCUCUCUCUCUCUCCCCUCUCUCUCUCUCUCUCUAUUACUCUGUGCGUGUGUGGAUGUGUGUGAAAGCGAAAACUGAAGUUUCGUCCGGUCUUCGUCCGUUUUCGUGUUCCCCUUCUUUCCUUAUCCUUUCUGGGUUCGGUCACUGCUCGCCCCCGUUGAACCGCCGCCCACCCCCCCCGGGUUUCGUACGUCGCGGCUUCCUUGAUUCUUGCUGCUUUUUGCCGUCGCCCUCGACCCAUCAAUCUUGGAGCUGGUUCUUGAUUCCGCCCCGGGGCUCUGCGGCUCGUUCUUGCAACUGGGUUGCUUGAUCUCGGGUUGGCUCGGUGAGAUCUGUUUGGAAUUGAGCGAGAGAGGUGUUCCUGGUGCUUCUUCUGGGGAUGAUGUUUGCUGGGCAUUUUGUGAUUUUGGUGGACGUUCUCUGAGAUUUUGUGUUAGAGUGUCCGGAACCCGUCCCGGUUCCGUUCUCUUGAUGUUUCAUACCCCAAGCGGGUUAUAUUAGAUUCAGGGUCGUUCUUCUGAUUACGUAGUGUGCUGAUUUCCGGUGUCAUAGUCCCUUGGUUAUAUCACCUAUAUGUGCAUGGGCGCUUAAUCUGUAUCUUUGUGCUUCAGGUUUUGUAGCUAUCGAUCUCUUGAGUCUGUCUCUCCCUAAACCCAUGUAUAUUUUUCAUCUCUAUGUGGGGUUUCUCUGAUGCCCAUUCAGAAGUUUUAGAACGGAUUUCUUGAGGUAUCGUGUUUGCAGAUGAAUAGAUAUCACCGAAUCUGGCCUGCCCGUUACCUCUUAUAUGCGUAGUGCUUUUGAGAAUACAUGAGGUUUGUGUUUUUCCAGAUUGUCCUGCACUUAUGAGCACUGCUAGCUAAAUUGAGUUUUAGCUCCAGUCAUCGCUAGGAAGUGUCUUCCCUACGUCUGGGUUUCAAGGUUGAAGUUCAGUGCACUACAGGUCCUUGAGUAACCUAGCCUUCCCUAAUUAGAUUUAUGGCUUUUUCGAUGGAGCCAUCGUCAUCUUUGAGCUUCACUUCAUCUUCCCAUUUGUCCAAUAACUCCGUCAGCAACAACGCAGUAGGUCCUUAUGGCUCUGAGACAGGGCAUAGCCCUGAUGCCAUCAGUCUUGGGAAACUCAGCUCUAGUUUGGAGAGGCUUCUUUCUGAUUCCACUCCUGAUUAUAGCGAUGCCGAUAUUGUUGUUGAGAACAUCUCGGUUGGUGUUCAUCGAUGCAUUUUGGCUGCCAGGAGUGACUUCUUCAAUAACCUUUUCAAGCGAGAGAAGGGAUCCUCUGAGAAGGAGGGUAAACCAAAGUAUAACAUGGACGAUCUUUUGCCUUAUGGCAAGGUCGGAUAUGAAGCCUUUCUGAUUUUCUUGAGCUAUGCAUACACGGGAAAGCUGAAGCGUUCUCCACUGGAGGUUUCUACCUGCGUUGAUGAUAUGUGUAGCCAUGAUGCAUGUAGCCCAGCUAUCAAUUUUGCGGUGGAGUUGAUGUAUGCCUCGUAUAUCUUUCAGAUCCGGGAGCUGGUUUCCCUUCUCCAGCGACAUCUUGUCAACUUUGUUGGGAAGGCUCGAUCGGAAGACAUCAUCCCCAUCCUCACCGUCGCUUUCCACUGUGAAUUGAAUCAACUUGAGAUGCAAUGUGUUGAUAGAGUGGCUCGAUCUGAUCUUGACAACAUUGCUCUUGAGAAAGAGCUUCCCCCUAAGGUUGCAGAAGAGAUUAAAUUGCUACGUCUCAAGUUUCAACCUAAAGAUGAAACUAAUUUGGAAAUUCCAGACCCCUUACGUGAGAAGAGAAUUAAGAGAAUUCACAAAGCCUUAGACUCCGAUGAUAUUGAACUUGUUACGCUUCUCUUGAGCGAGUCCAAUAUCAACUUAGAUGAAGCCUAUGGCUUACAUUAUGCUGCAGCUUACUGUGACCCCAAGGUUGUCUCUGAGUUGCUUGGUUUGGGCUUGGCUAACGUCAACCUUCGGAACCCAAGGGGAUACACUGUGCUCCAUGUUGCUGCAAUGAGGAAGGAGACUAAGAUAAUAGUCUCAUUGUUGUCAAAAGGUGCUUGUGCAUCGGAAUUGACACCUGAUGGACAGAAUGCUGUCAGCAUCUGCCGAAGGUUGACAAGGCCUAAGGAUUAUAAUGCUAAAACAGAGCAGUGCCAGGAAGCAAACAAGGACAGGCUAUGCAUAGAUGUACUGGAGAGGGAAUUGUGGAGGAAUCCAUUGGCAGGAGAUGCUUCUGUUUCGUAUCCUAUUGUAUCUGAUGAUCUACACAUGAAGCUGUUGUAUCUGGAAAACAGAGUUGCAUUUGCAAGACUGUUCUUCCCAACUGAGGCUAAAUUAGCUAUGGAUAUUGCUCAUGCUGAGAUGACAGCUGAGUUUGCUGGUCUUUCUGCAAGAAAAGGUUCUAGUGGAAAUCUGAGGGAGGUUGAUUUGAAUGAGACCCCCAUAGAUCAAAACAAAAGACUGCGAUCUCGAAUGGAAGCCCUCCAAAGAACAGUGGAAAUGGGUCGGCGCUACUUUCCUAAUUGCUCGGAGGUGCUCGAUAAGUUUAUGGAGGAUGAUCUGCCCGACCUGUGCUACCUCGAGAAGGGCACACCUGAUGAACAGAGGAUAAAGACGAGAAGGUUCAUGGAACUCAAGGACGACGUCCAGAAGGCCUUCUCUAAAGACAAGGCAGAGAUGAGCCGGUCAGGGAUCUCUUCUUCAUCGUCCUCAUCAUCCUUAAAAUACAAUAACAAGAUUAGAAGAUCGUGAGGACGCACACGAACCAAUAUGGAAUAAACCAACCUAUUGAAGGGCAACUGUUCUUUUUUUUCUGGGCAAAGAAGCGAAAAAUUUGGCUUCUCUCCUCAAUUUGUUGAGCUGACAAAGAUAAAUUCAGAUGUUCAUAGGAUGUUUUGGUAGUGAUUUAAGAUGUUUUGGUCUUUUUUUGAGGUCUCCACUUGUUCAUGCUAGCCAACAAAGGGAUUUGAAUUGGAUUAUGUACAGUUGUGCAUUGAUUUGCAUCUGUCUGUUUUGCAAAUGUUAUGUACAGGUAUAGUUAUUUUCGACAGAUCAGAAUCCAUGUUUUGCUUUUAAA